CCUGCAGUCAUUUAACUUCGUUAAGUCGAAUUUGGUCUAGUAUAAAUUAAUUACAUGGAAUUUAACAUUAUAAUGGCUAAGUCACUAACCAUAAUCUUUGUGAGCUUUAUUUUUUCAACGAGCAUUUCAUUCGGUAAAGAUGCGUGCGAUAACUACGAAGAUAAGGAUUGCGUUCAUCCAAAUAUACUUAAAAAUGGCCACUUCAUUAACCAAUGGACAGUUAAUUUGCCCGGAAUGACCAAGGAUGAAGCUAGAAAACUGUUGGAAGAUAAUGGUUUUGAUUAUUUAGGAAAGAUAAUGGACGGGGUCGAUUUGYAUCUUGUAACAAAAAAAGGUACACACGAAAAACAUGCCUUGCCUAAUGAAAGAAUAAUAGAAUUACUUAAGAAACACGAAAAAGUGCAUUCGGUCGCACAAAAGCACGUGCUUGAAAACUCACAGGAUGAGGUGAUAAACAUAAUCAAUGAGGAUAACAUUAAAUUCGAGUUCUUGGAUCCCAACACGAUCGUCCUGAAUGACGGAAAGGACAACUUGGAAAGAAUAACUGCCUUCGAGGCUGCUGAAGCCACGAAUGCUGAAGCCACGAAUACUGAAGCCACGAAUGCUGAAGCCACGAAUACUGAAGCCGCGAAUGCUGCAGCAUCGCCAGAUUAUACUGAAAAUACAAAAACAAAUGUUAGAACUGUAGUUGAUGGCGGUGACCACGGUAAUCCCAAAAAGAAACACGACGAUGUGUCUAGUUCAAAUUAUGGAACUCCAUCCGGGUCGUCGGAUUACGACGAUUCACCGGAAUUAGAUUUGUCAAACGAGACAUUUUCGGCAGCGGAUCCGUCAAACAACGAAUCAUCAGAUAAGGAGACAUCGGAUGAGGAGGUCUUGGAUGAAACGGAAACAAGACACGAUGAAUAAGAAUCUGCAAGACUUUCAAUCUGCCGUAUAGAUCUUGAUGCAAAAAUGCGAAAUCGAKUGUAGAAAUUAUAAUUUAUUAAAAAUCUUAUAAUUUUGGCUACUGCCCACAUC